AUGUCCGACAAUACUGAGCCACAGGUGACUUCUGAGGAACAUGGAGAGGACAUAUUUGCGGAAAUGGUCGAUGAUGAUUUGGUAGAGGUGCUCCCACCUGAAAUAAAUAAGCUCAUCGUCAAGCGUAAUCAUUCUGGGAACAGGAUCAUUCAGAUAAUUGAUAGCAUCAACACAUUCCAGAAUGAUGUGGUUAUGCUAGAAACAAGGCGCGACAUGCUGAAGCAAUGCUAUAGAACUUUUGAUGCCCUGCAAAGUUCUUUGGAGCAGUCUGUUCCUGAUGAGAUGGCAUCGAGAGAUAGCAUUGAAUUGAAAUACAUAGCCGGAUUGGCAGCUCUCGAAAAAAUUAUUACGAUGCAGAAAGCAACCGCACCGAGUUCAGUCCAACGGGAUUCGGUAAGAUUACCAACAAUCGACUUGCCAACAUUUUCAGGAGCGAAUGACCAGUGGUUGGAAUGGGUGGAUAAAUUUAAUUCGCUUAUCCACAAUAGAACGUUGCCCACUAUUCAAAAAUUUGAAUACUUAAAAGUAUCACUCAGAGGGCCAGCCUUGGGAAUAGUCGAUUCCCUACCAACUACCGAAGGCAAUUAUCAAAUAGCUUAUGACCUUCUGUUCCGUAGAUACAAUAAUCCGAAGCUAUUAGUACAGCAACAUAUCAGGGAAUUAUUCGAACUGAAACCCAUGGAUAUUGAAUCAGCGUCUGGGCUCCGAGAGCUCUUCGAUAGAGCCAGAAAACAUUUACGCUGUUUGGAAACUUUAGCCCAACCGGUACAUACGUGGGAUGCCAUGUUGAUACAUUUGGUAGCGAACAAACUAGACUCAGCCACACGACGACAAUGGGAAACGGCUGCAUCUGGCAUUGCACCACCCACAUAUGAACAGCUUGAGAAUUUCGUUUUGGAUCGUUGUCAAGUGAUUGAUGCUAUGCCAAUCAAACGUAAGACAACCGUUGACCAUUCGAAUGUUCCUCCGAAACGCGUAAAACCGGAAACAAGAUCGUUUGUAGUCAAAUCGGCACAGGACAACAAAUGUGCAGCAUGUAGUGGUUACCAUUUUGUGGGUGUCUUUGACAAGUACAGGACCAAAUCUGUUGAAGAAAAGUUUCGGUUAGUCAAACGAGUCGGAUUAUGCUUCAAUUGUCUUUCAUCUAAUCACACAGCAGAAAAAUGCCGAGGAGGCUUAUGCAGAAAGUGCAAAGGACGGCAUCACACAUCAUUGCACCGGGAUACUACCCGUCAUUCGAAUGGAAAUUCAAAUAUCAAACGUGAGUAA